AUGGAGACCCAGAAAAUAAUCUCCAAUGGUCCAGCAUACACGGAAGUAGAUGGCUUCGUGAUGAGUGCAAACUUCAUGCCGGAACUGGUCCGAAGCGCCAUUAAGUACCGCCCUCGCUCCAACGACCUGUUCUUGGCCACAUUUCCCAAGUGCGGUACCUUUUGGGCCAGCCACAUCGUUUACCUGAUCUUCACCAAGGGAGUGCCACCCUCCUGUGCCCUGGACAUUCUUCUGAGAAACCCUACGCUCGAAAUGGUAGGAGCCAAGGUCAUCGAUGCCAUGACGCUCCCUGGACUCAUUGUGACCCACCUGCCCCACCGCCUCACGCCGUGGGACUCCAGUGCCAAGUACAUUUACGUUUGCAGAAAUCCGAAGGACGUUUGCGUUUCAUUUUUUCUUCACACUCGCACUAUGGCCGGCUACGAAUACGAACAUGGACAAUUCGAAGAUUUCUUCGAGAUAUUCAUGAGCGGAAAAAACAGUUUCGGCGACUACUUCGAGCACGUUACUUCCUGGUACGCUCACAGCCGGGAACCCAAUGUCCUUUUCCUCCACUACGAAGACAUGAAGCGUGACCCCAGAUAUUACGUUCUAGAAAUCGCCAAGUUUAUGGGCAACGAAUACCACACAAUGUUGCUUCAAAAUGAAGGCAUACUAGAGAACGUGGUGGAAUUCAGCAGCAUAAAACGCAUGAAGCAAUACGCCGACCAAAACUUUAAAGACUUUUUUGGGGAACCGAUUACACGCGAAGACGUUCCCGAGGGACUGAGAAAUUUGCACAAAGCAUGCCAGCGUCGCCCGGGGACCGGCAGUCCCAUACGGAACGGCGUCGUUGGUGGCUGGAAGACGUUCUUAACUUCCGAAAUGAACGUCAAGAUGGAAGAGAAGAUCUUGCAGAAGCUGUCCCACACCAAUAUCGUCGACGUGUGGAGAAGACACGGCAUCAUGCGGCCCUGCGUUGAGUAGGCAUCCGUCCGAAGAAACGUACUUUUAUUCAGUUAGCAGAUGUGCGUUGCCACGAUACCCUUUGCAUCGCCAAAGAAAUAUUAACGUUUGUAUCCCGGACUUUUCGUGUGUGUUUAGUGUGGUGAUACUUGGAAACGCUGUUCUUUUUUAGAACGUUAGUCUAUACCGCACUAUGUGGAUUGAAAAAAAGAAAAUGAAAAUCGCGAGGUUGAAUGCUAAAAAAUAGUAGAGCUAUCUUGAAGUCUUACUGCUCAGAAAUGAUUGAAUUACAAAUUUUUGAAUGGAGUAUCCUAGGAAUCCUGAUAUGAAUAGUGAUCUCCUAAUUUUGGAAUAUGUCUGUAUCA